CAUUUCUGGAUACUGACUCACAAGAAGCAAUACAGCAUUGGAUUUUUGUUGUUAUAGCAUCUGGACUGUUAUUAUGCAGCUAGUUACACUAUUGUUCCUCACCCUGUCCAGAGAAAUUAGUGCACAAUUCCCCCGGCAAUGCAUCACAGUCAACGCACUAAGAAGAGGUGAAUGCUGUCCUGAUCUGUCUCCAGUGGUGGUUCCUGGUUCAGACAACUGUGGUUCAUCUUCUGGGAGGGGUCAAUGUGUACAAGCGACAGCAGACUUACGACCCCAUGGGCCACAGUACAUGCAUGAUGGCCGAGAUGACCGUGAGCAAUGGCCUCUUCGCUUCUUCAAUCGAACCUGCCGAUGCAAUGGAAACUUCGCUGGGUACAACUGUGGGUCCUGUCGACUUGGUUGGAGUGGACCAGCAUGCAACCAACCAACGAACAUAGUCAGAAGAAACAUUCUGGAUCUGAACAGAGAAGAAACAAAUCGUUUUAUAAAUGCUUUGCAACAAGCUAAAAAUACAGUGCAUCCCGAUAUUAUGAUAGCCACAAGGAGACGUGAGGAGAUUAUGGGCCCCGAUGGCAAUACUCCACAAUUUGAAAAUGUGACCAUUUAUAACUAUUUUGUGUGGUCCCAUUAUUACUCUGUCAGAAAGACAUUCCUUGGACCUGGGCAGCUGAGUUUUGGUGGCAUAGAUUUCUCUCAUGAAGGACCAGCAUUUCUUACCUGGCAUAGAUAUCAUCUACUGCAGUUGGAGAGAGACAUUCAGGAAAUGCUACAGGAUCCUUUUUUUGCACUUCCCUACUGGAACUUUGCAACAGGUAGAAACACCUGUGACAUCUGCACAGAUGACCUGAUGGGAGCUAGAAGCAACUUUGAUGUCUCUCUUAUAAGCCAAAAUUCUAUCUUCUCUCAAUGGCAUGUUUUAUGUGACAAUCUUGAAGACUAUGAUACUUUGGGAACCAUUUGCAACAGCACAGAAGGUGGUCCAAUAAGACGAAAUCCUGCUGGAAAUGUUGCCCGUCCAAUGGUGCAGCGCCUUCCCGAGCCACAGGAUGUUGCUCUUUGCUUAGAAGUUGGAUUAUUUGAUACGCCUCCAUUCUAUUCAGACUCAACAGACAGUUUUCGUAAUGCACUGGAAGGCUACAGCCAUCCUUCAGGAAAGUAUGAUCCAGCAGUCCGGAGUCUUCAUAAUCUGGCCCAUCUCUUUCUGAAUGGCACUGGGGGGCAAACCCAUUUGUCCCCGAAUGAUCCGAUUUUUGUCCUCCUGCACACAUUCACUGAUGCUCUCUUCGAUGAAUGGCUAAGGAGACACAACCCUGAUACUUCCAUUUACCCACUAGAGAAUGCCCCCAUUGGACACAACAGACGAUACAACAUGGUCCCAUUCUGGCCCCCUGUGACCAACGAUGAGAUGUUCCUUACGGCACCAGAAAAUUUGGGCUACAGUUAUGAAGUUCAAUGGCCAACUCGGACUCUCCAAGUCACUGAAGUCAUAACUAUUGCCAUUGUCACUGCACUGAUUCUGGUUGCAAUUAUUUUUGCUGGUGCCACAUGUAUCGUUCAUGCCCGGAGAAACAAGGACGAACUGCAUCAGCCGCUUCUUACUGACCAGUACCAGACUUAUUCAGACGAUUAUGACAGCAUACCGACACCAAGCCAGUCAGUGGUAUGA